AUGGCUAACAAGAUGUCCCAGGUCGAGCCCGUGCACAUCCUAACAGCCUCCAUCAGACUAGAGGACCACAAAACCCCCGCCGAAAAAGGGGCCGAGGAGGCCUCAGCCCAAGGCAAAGCAGGCCGCCUGCGCGAAAUCCAAGCCCAAGGCCGCCAGAGCGAAUCCAUCAACCUGAUCAGCGACAUAGCCCGCUAUCUCGGAUUCAUGAACGUGCCCUUCCAGCACAUUCUCUGCGGCUACAGCCCGGACGCCGCAAGCUGGCAGGCGUACGUGCUCUUCGGCGGCGAAAACAUGACGGACGCCACCCGCCACGAGAUCCGGCGCGCCCUCGUCCGCGAUAUCAUUCGCGUCCAGCCCGAUCAGGACCUUCAUGUCCGGACGGUUGCAGACGCGGAGCUUGGGCUUGGUAUUGCGCGCCGCUUCGAGGCGUAUGCGGGCUGGACGCAUAUGACCAAGUUUCGCGUGUUUGAGGGGCGCGUCUUCGUCCAGCAGGUUGAUGGGAGGCCCCUUCCUGCUGAGAUGUUUGCGUAUUAUGAUGCCGUUCAUGGGCGGCCCUCGCCCAAGGAGAGGAAGGAGUUGAGUCUUGAGGAGGCUAUUGAGACCAUGAAGAGCCCCGGUGGGGAAUAUUGGUCGGACUCGACGUUGUUCAGGGACUUCCAGGCUGACCCCCGGCCUGACUUGGAGUGGUAA